CUGCAGACGUCUGUUGACGUUGGCGAGUGUGCUGGCCCUUGCUCCCUCGAUGGAAAAGACUGUCGGGCAACCCACAUGAGGACGACGGCAAUCGAAGGACCGAAUGGUUCGGAAUGCGUGUCGGUGAUUGAGCAGUGCAGCUGCGUGGGCUCCUGCUUUAGGAUCGCUCAUCUGCAGCACAUUUACAACUUCACCUCCACCGACCCUGAAGCAAACUUCAGCGCUGACGGUAGAAUCGAGGUGGUAGACGUCGGUCGGUGUAGCGGCGAGUGCGAUGCCCUGGACGCGGGGGGCCGCUGCGUGUUCAAGUCGAGUGACGGAGUGUGCCUGAUGUCGCUGCAGCACAGCGUCGGCAGCUGCUCUGCAGUGCAACGCGAGCGGCUUUUCUAUCACGCGCAGGACGGGGAAGUUCGCAACUUGAAUGUAGUUAAGAAGUGCGCCUGCUCCUGAAAUUAUGUUAUUUACCGCUAAACUAUCACUAAUCCGACCAUUUAUAGCACAGAUAUUUUAUUAUAUUGCAAUAAGACUUAUGCAGUCAAUUCAGGUUAAUUGGACUUACCAUAUAUAAGGACUAAAAAUAAUCUUGUCAAAUGAUUCCUUGUACGUUUACAAUAAUAUGAUCCGAUUAAUCCAUAUCGACUGUAUUUCAAUCAGGGUAUAAAACAUACACAUUCGUGACAACGACAGCAUACAAACAAAAAUGUUAAACAACUUUAGCUAAUCUUUGAGAUAGACGAUUUUUGACAUACUUGAAGACUCAAACUGAUUAAUAGCGGAAAAAUUCAUUGGUAAACGACCCGGUUGACGCAAAAUGCUUUAUAAGCGAAAAAUCUUCUCGUCCACAAAAAUACGAACAUUCGCAUGUGUUCUACGGAAAUCGGAUGUUUGUAAAUACAUGUCAAUUAUUUUUAGUUUUGGUGACUAUUGACCAAAUGUUGUGCAUUUGAAACAAAGGAGGCUAUAUGGGGCAAUAUAUGUGAGAAUGAAACGAGUAUAUAACUAUGUUUUCUUCUUGCACGAUAGCACUAAUCUAGGAUAAACUAAAUGGAUGAAAAUCCGUAUAUUAUUUCAUUCGCGUUUCGCCACUUGUAUAUCGAACUUACUCCACUAAAUUAAUUCAAUGACGGUCACUUUAACAACAUCGUUAUUAUCUUGAAAAAAAAUAUAAUUCAAUUGUUGAAUCACGUUAGAAGUUAAAUAAAAUUCGCUGUAAAACGAUUCUUAUGGUAUGGUUUAAUGUACUGGUAUUUUAUUCUGUAGCUUUGUUAACGAAAGAGAGGACCAAAUCCAGUUGUUGUAUGGUAGUUGAAAAUAAAGUAAGCUUUAUUUAUUAUUAAAAAAUAAUAAAAUUCCAAUUGAUGAUGCUAAAAGAAGAAUAUUUUAGAACUAAGUGCUUUAUAAUUAUCUGCAUGUAUACAACAGUAAGUGAUAACUGAUUAAAAUGGUGGUCAAAACUAGUGUAGUUUAAUUAAGCUGUCUGGGUAUGGGUUUUGAAACUCGCGGUUGAGAGCAUUUUUCAAGCUUCUCUACAUGAACAUUUAUAAAUCUAAUUUUAUCAACAUUUGCUAAUUUUAUUUCCAAAUUGCUUUAAUAAUUCUACUAUCCCGUUGGGGUAGCAAAGUAUGUUUCACCUCUCCCGCAACAGCGCCAUAUAAGUUCGUUAAGAUUUAACGGUACUAAGCGAGCGACUGUAUAAGCCG